AUGACACUUACGAGGGAGGAGGCGCACGAGAGCAAGGAGAUGGAGAGCCUGCGGGUGCACGCCGACGCGCUGCUCUCGCUGGCAUCGCCCGCCGCGUCGUCCACGGCGACGGCGGGCAGCAAGCCGGUGACGGCGGCGACGACGACCGUGGCGGGCAGGAGGGCGCUGGCGGCGGAGGGCGUGUUCGAGUGCAAGACGUGCAGCAAGCGGUUCACGUCGUUCCAGGCGCUGGGCGGGCACCGCACCAGCCACACGCGGCUGCAGGCGCGGAUGCUACUGCACGAUCAGACCGCGGACCAAGGCGCCGCCGAGAGGGACAGGGCGCGGGUGCACGAGUGCGCCGUCUGCGGGCUCGAGUUCUCCAUGGGCCAGGCGCUCGGCGGCCACAUGCGCCGGCACAGGGGCGAGGCGCCCCCGGGGCCGUCGACGUCGUCGGCUGCCGUGCACGGCGACGCCAGCUCCGGCGGGACGCAGCAGCAGGAGGUCAUGCCGGACCUGAACUACCCGCCGAUGGACGACUGCGGCGGCGAUGGGCAAGAAACGUCGGCCGAUCGCAGCUCCGGGCAUCAGCUGCUUGAUCUGCUUGUGUAG